AUGACGGAUUUGAACCGGCAUGACAAGUACUUCCAAUAUAGUAGUCCUGAUGAAUUGCGGAUGGACUUGGUCGGCGACAAAAAGGCAGUAUCUCGGAAAAUGGCAGUCAUGAAACGCAUUAUUGCGAAUGCAUCUAUGGGCAACGACAUGAGCUCGCUUUUCAGCAGCGUCAUAGAUUGCCUAGACAUUCAAGAGUUGGGUAUGAAGAAGAUGGUGUAUCUGUACUUGUCGAAUUACGGGAUGGCGAAGAAAGAACCCUUGCCAAUGUGUAUCGACAAGUUUGUCCAAGAUGCACUCAGCCAGGACGCCAUGAUACGUGCAUUAGCACUGCGCACCAUGUCGUCGUUACUGACUCCUGAUAUGGUCCAAGCGCUUCUUGAUCCUGUGCGGAGAGGAUUGUUCGAUAAAAAUGCGUAUGUGCGGAAGACAGCAGCCAUGUGUGUGGCAAAAAUGCACAAGUUUGACGCUCCGCUAAUGGAGCGAAGCGGGUUUAUUGAAAAAUUGAAUGCGAUGAUGAUGGACUCCCAUAAAGAGGUACUGACUAGUGCUGUUGCUGCCCUGUUUGAUAUCUCCGAGAGAAGCACCACGAUCCAAUUAAACCUGAAUUUUAAGCAGGCAAAUAACCUCGCGGGCCGUCUACUCGAGUGCUCGGAAUGGGGACAAACAUAUAUUUUGGAGGUACUUAUGUUUUACAUUCCACAGACAGCGCAAGAGGCCCAUAUGCUGGUUGAUACGAUAUCGCGACACCUGCAGCUACGCAGUCCGACACUAGCCAUGACGGCCACCAAAGUCGCUCUAUAUUUGCUGAACUAUAUUCACGAUCCCGAACGCAAAAAUGCGCUAUGUCGAUGGAUCAGCCGUAUUCUUGUGCAGCACAUGCAGGAGCCGCCCGAGAUUUUGUUCACGAUUCUGAAGAAUGUCCAACUCAUCGUCCAACGACGACCACUUAUCCUAGCAUCGGAGCUUGCGCACUUUUUCUGUACAUACAAUGAUCCCGAGUACGUCAAGUUAGUGAAACUGGACAUCAUAUAUCGCCUAACGACGUGUGAGAAUGCCGCGCAAGUCGUUGAUGAGCUGCAAGAGUGUGCAAGUGACAUCAGCGUGGAUGUCUCGCGUAAAGCAAUCAACGUCCUUGGUCGCCUGGCUCUAAAAUGGGACUCGAUUGCCGAUGCAUGUAUGGCCGCGUUGGAAAACAUCUUGCAGAAUAACGUGCAGUAUGCGCUGCAGGAAUCUAUCAUCGUUAUCAAGGACAUUCUGCGCAAGUAUCCUGAUCGAUACGGUUACAUUGUAUCCGUACUAUGUGAGCACAUUCCUCAGUUAGAUGAGCCGCAAGCGAAGGUGUCGAUGAUAUGGAUUCUGGGUCACUACGUGCAUCGCAUAGACCGGUGUGAGCAGCUGCUGGGCCACUAUAUUCCCACAUUUCUCGACGAGCCAGCUGAAGUACAGCUCGCUUUGAUGACUGCGACAGUGAAGUUAUUUCUCCGCAAGCCAAAAGCUGGUGCAGAUCCCGUGCAAAAAGUACUUCGAUGGGCUACAGAGCAAGCGACGAACCCAGACUGUCGCGACCGAGGCUUCUUCUAUACCCGUUUGCUUACACUUGAGGCUGAUUUGGCUUCGUCAGUCGUCUUUGCAGAAAUUGUACCGUUUGAGGGUGCAUUCGAUCGCAUGGAGAACCACUUACUCGAUCAACUCCUUCUGCAUGGAUCGAGCCUCGUCACUGUCUUUCAUCAGCAGCCGUCUAUUUGGAUGCAGAAUGUGAAGCCAAGAUACAUGCCGGAUUCACCUGCAUUGGAGGAAGCUUCUCGUUCUCAUGCGAGUACCCACAUGCACCGUGCGCCCCCGCAAUAUUACACCAUGACCGAUGCAAGUGCGCUGCUGUUGCCUCAGAGUGACACACUUGACGUUUCACGGAGCCCCGACGGGGUUAUUAAUCAUGACACGGAGCAACAAAGGCUUGGUGCACCUGCGACAGCUACAACGGCACCUGCUCCAUCCUCUGCAUCGGGAUCUAUGAAUACAACUGCGGCAGCGGCGAGUGCCGCUGUUGUUACUCAACGUCCUUGGACGCCGCCUGUGGCCGUAGGACAAUUAAUUUAG